UCUUGGGAUAACAACAACCUGCUAGAAGCUCACCGUGUUUUACGUACGUGUGUCGUAAGUGUACUUGACAGCCAAAAAAUUCAAGUGAAAAUUUAGUGUUUAGUUUGCAUGAAGACGUGAGUGGUCGGAGAAAGAUUCCUAGAAGAGAGACACACACACGCAGUGUGAAUUGAGUGCAAAACUUAGAUGGACUGUUGUGGUGACGUACAGAACUAACUCGAGAAGAGGCUCUUUUAUGCGGACAAGAGUCGAAUAAAAUCCAACCCCCUCCCUUCUCAACGUCUCUGCAUCAUCAUCAUCCAGCAAGUGAUCAUUCGAAUCGUCUCGCUCAAUUGUGGCAGUUCAGUUCUCCGGCCGACCGAGUACCUCCCCAGUGAGCACACGAGCGCAAACGAGGGUGGGAGGUGAAGAUAUUUGACGAUACUUCAUUUAUUAGUCACGUUAUGUUAAUUGUUGUCAGUGCUGCGAAGAGCGGUGUUUGCUGGAACGAUUAAGAAUCGGAUCGUGUUGUGGUGAUAGUCCGUCCAGUUUGAGAAGAGUACUUCAGCGUGAAAAAUGAAGAACAUUGUGAAGGGAGCUGCGUUGAUUGCGCAGUUCUUGGGAGUGCUUGUUUUGGCAGCUUCGGCUCAGAAUGCAGACCCCGUCCUGUACCCACCCACCCCCGGAACGCCAACGACCCAGGCCGACAGACAGUUUCGAGUGGUUUACGAGUGGAAUGUUAUGGAUUUCGCUUACACCACCGAGGAUGACCGGGCACGUGCUCUGUAUAGCGGGGAGUACAUUCCGAAGAAUGUUCUGAUUUCGGACGUUAAGCCCUACGCCAAUCGAUUGUACGUGACGGUGCCACGGAUGCUGCCUGGCGUUCCGGCUACGCUCGGCUAUUUCGUACGCCCGGAGAACAAUGGACGCACGGAUCCGGAAAUAGUGCCAUUCCCGUCGUGGGCGAUGAACGAAAGGGGAAAUUGCUCGGCAUUGCAGUUCGUCCAGGGCAUCGCCAUCGACAAGUAUGGCAUCAUGUGGGUGGUCGAUUCCGGACGGACGGAAACAUUGCAGAGAGGUAACAAUCACGUGAUCUGUCCACCAAAGCUUCUCCUGCUGGACCUGAAGCGCAACGGAUCGAUCGUUCUUCGCUACGAAUUCCCCCAGGAAGUGGUCCCAAUCGGUAACAACUACCUGAACAAAAUCGUAAUCGACGACGCCUUCGGUGGCUUUGUCUACAUCACCGACAACAGCGGAUCCGAUCCGGGCAUCGUAGUGUUCUCGAGACGUCUGCAUCGGUCAUGGAAGGUUCGCGAAAACAAUUCGAUGCGGGCGGCACAGAAUGCCGUAAACUUUUCCAUAAACGAAACCCAGCUGACAUUCUCGAUUCACAUCGAUGCCAUCGCACUGGGACCGUACUACAAUCCGAACGUUCAGAACGAUAUCGAUCCCCAGGUAGAUCCGUUGCUGGCUAAUCAGAACUACGAGAGGAACGUGUACUAUACUCCACUGUCCAGUUACCAUCUGUACUCAUUGCCGGCUUCGUUGUUGCGAGAUCCGGAGUAUGUGGCCAAGGCGACUCCUCGGGAUGUUUUGGAAGCGGUGACGGACUACGGAAGGAAGAGCUCGCAAACCGACGGAAUGAUCAUGGACAACCAGGGUGAGCUGUAUUUCGGUUUGCUAGGGGAUCACGCAAUCGCCCGAUGGGAUUCGUACAAACCGUUCACGCCUAAGAACCAGGUCGUUAUUGCAAAGGAUCGCACCCACAUCCAGUGGGUGGAUGGAAUGGGAUUCGAUCACGAGGGGUAUCUGUACGUGGUGGUUAACCGAUUGCACAACUUUGUCGCCGGACGGAUGCAAGCGAAUGAGGCCAACUUUAGGAUUCUCCGGUCGAAGACCAACGCGCUGGGAUACGUUAACACGCCGAAUAAUGUGUUCAACAAUGAUGUCCGGUAUAAGUACGACGGAGAAGUGGACAACAGCUUACUGCACUAUGGCGUUUCAUCAACGACUCCGGUAUCGAGCCGGUUGGAAACGGCAGGAAUUUUCGGCCGAGGAGCAGCCGGUGGGAAAGAAGCUAGCUUGGUGAUGAUUGCGAUUUCACUGGCGCUGGCAAAGAUCUUGGCAGCCUAGAGCUUCGUUCACCGAAAAGAAGGAGAAAGUGGUGCAACAUUUCCUGAUUUCAGUUACCGAGUAGAGUAUCUUAAUUACCGUGUAAGUCGAGCUUAAGUUGUAAAUAAUUGAUGUUACGAAGUGUAAAUAGAUUUUAGAAACCGAUGGACGAUACGAAGUGUUGACGUUGUGCAGUUUAAAACUGGAAUAAAGAUUUUAAGAG